CAACACAACUGACACGUUCAAGGCCCAGAAAGGUAGUAAGGACAUUUUUAAAUUAAACAGUUUUUCAACACAAAAGAAGAUAUCAUCAUUUAUGUCAGUUUCUUACUUCUGUUGAACACAAAAGGUGAAAACUGCCUAGAAUGGAGAGCAGCGAGGUCAUAUCAACUGACAAAGCUACAGUUAUCAUCCAAGUCAAUCCACAGGUGGCACAGCAUGGUGUUAUUUCUGAGGAUGGACAGCAGACCGGAGGAGCAUAUCACAAUACAGCUCUCUCAGCAUUUAUCAGAGCACAACCAAAGGCACUGGGGACUGUCCAGAUAAUGACUGGAGUGAUGAUUUUUCUAUUUGGUAUUGUACGCACCAUUGGCUAUGAUUACCGUUUCCCUGUUUCUAUUAUUUCUGGCAUAACCUUCUGGGGAUCCCUUAUUUACAUCAGUGCUGGCUCGCUGUCUGUUUCUGCGCAGAAUAAACUUCAUCUGUGUGUGGUGAAAGGCUCUCUUAUAAUGAAUGUGAUCAGUGCCAUAACUGCAGCGACCGCCAUUGUUCUGAUGAGCAUAGACAUUCACUUGUUAAUGUAUGAAUGCUACAGUUAUGAAUACAGCUGCACAUUGAAGAGAACUGAACUGGGGAUCGUUGGAAUAUUGCUGGUGUUCUCCAUCCUUCAGUUCAUCAUCUCCAUCUUUAUCUCAGGAUUUGCCUGCAAAGCCACCAGCAACAUCCACUCUACAGUGAUAAAUGUGGCACUAAACAAGGUCACCAGGGGAAACUGAGUCACAGUGAGGAGAUCCUGUUUAAAGGUUGCAAGGAAUGAAUAACUCACAGCCUUUUUUAUUAUUAUUGUUUUUAAAUUAUAUAUAUAAAAUAAUAAAUAAAUAAAAACGAGAUUUAAGAAUUA